AUGGGCCUCUGGGGCGCGCAGGGACGGGCCACGUGGGUGCUGGCCGGGGGCGUCCUGGCCGCCGCCCUGGCGCUGGGUCCCCAUCCGAUCCCCGAGCUGCUCGCGAUUCCCCGGGCUGGCACGGAGUCGGGGACCGCCCCGGAGCCCAGUCGGGCGGGCCCGGGGCAGAGCGCGCAGUCUAGAGAUAUUUCAAGGGAAGUUCAAGGGACUCCUGAGAAUGGAGUGAUUUUUCAGAAAUGUGCACUGGUGUCUGGGCAGAGCAGAUCACAGACCAUACAUGUGCAUCUGCUGGUGAACAACACCAAGUCACCUGUGUCAGCCAACCUCUUGGACCUGCUUGUGCUGGAUGACAUCACAGGCCUCACUGUGAGGGAAUCAGUGGGAAACCAGACUCUAGGUGGAGUCCAGACCUUCACAAAGGAGUUUCUGCAAGUGGGAGAUUCCUACUCGGUCAGCUAUACUGCCUCACUGGACCCUGAGGCCUUUGGAACUGGGAAGAGCCUGAGUCUUCCAGCGCAGCUCAUCUUUCAGACCUCCUCAAUGAACAGAACUCUGCUAAAAGCACAUUUUACCAUCACGGCAGAAGAAAAAGUCACGGUUCUGCCCAACCAUGGUCUCCAUGCAGCCGGCUUCAUCGCUUCCUUCGUCAUCUCCUUUGUGCUGAGCUGGGUGGCCCUGUUCUUGUUGGUGCCAGGAAGUGUGUUCACCAGACACUGGGUCCAGCAACCUGAGAGCAAGCUGGAGCCGUCGCCGUUCACUGCGGUCAAUGGUGUGAGUGAGGAUCUUUCCCUCAGUGAUCAAGUCAUUGACAUCCUGAUGUCUGAAGACCCUGGGAGCAAGCUUCAAGCCUUGGAAGAGCUGGAAAUUGCAACCCUGAGUCGAGCAGAUGCAGAUCUGGAGGCCUGUCGAGCCCAAAUUAGCAAGGACAUCAUUGCUCUUCUGCUAAAAAAUAUGACCAGUACUGCCCACCUCUCCCCACAAGGCGAGAGAAAGAUGGGUGCUGCUUUCAAAAAGCAGUUUCUGCUGCUAGAAAGCGAAGUACAGGAGGAGUAUGACCGGAAGAUGUUGGCACUGACGGCUGAAUGUGACCUGGAAACAAGAAAGAAGACAGAAAAACAGUGCCAGAGGGAGAUGGUGGCAAUGGAGGAAGCAGAGGAACUGCUGAAACGUGCUAGUGAGAGGUCAGCCGCAGAGUGCAGCAGCCUUCUGCGGACCCUCCACGGCCUGGAGCAGGACUCCUUGCAGAGCUCCCUUGCCCUGCACCAAGAGCAGGACUUUGCCCAGGCACGCAGGCAGAUGGCUGUUUUCCAGAGGAACGAGCUACAUGGGAUCUUCUUUAGCCAGAUACAGAGUGCGGUUGGCAAAGGGGAGCUGAAGCCUGAGGCGGCGCAAAUGCUGCUGAACAACUACUCCCAGACGCAGGAGAAUGUGGAGGAGCUCAUGGACUUCUUCCAAGCCACCAAGCGCUACCAUCUCAGCAAGAGGUUUGGCCACCGGGAGUACCUGGUCCAGAGCCUUCAGGCCACAGAGACCCGUUUACAAGAGCUUCUGAGCACUGCAGCUAAUCAGCUGACGAAUCUCAUCCACAAACACGAGAGAGCAGGGUACCUGGAUGAAGAUCAGAUGGAAAUGCUGUUGGAGCGUGCUCAGACAGAAGUCUUUUCUAUAAAACAGAAGUUGGACAAUGACUUAAAGCAGGAAAAGAAAAAACUCCACCAAAAAUUAAUAACUAAGAGAAGACGAGAGCUGCUGCAAAAGCACAAGGAGCAACGGAAGGAGCAGCUGUCCCUUGGUGAGGCCUCCAGUGCUGCUGAGGAUGCCAGCCAGUACUUGGGUCAGUGGAAAAGUGUGUUGGCCGAGCACAGUGAUGUCCUGGAAGAGCUACAGGAGCGCCUGGACCAGGCUGCCCUGGACGACCUCAGGACCCUGACCGUGUCACUGUCUGAGAAAGCCACUGAGGAGUUGAGGCGCCUGCAGAGCUCAGCUAUGACCCAGGAGCUGUUGAAGCGUGGUGUGCCCUGGCUCUUCCUGCAGCAGAUCCUGGAGGAGCAUAGCCGGGAGUCUUCUUCCCGGGCAUCCCAGCUGGAGGCUGAGGAAAGGGAGCGUGGUCAGGAGCGUGUGCAAGGCGUGAGGCAGAGACUGCAGCAGGACUCCCUGGAGGCAUCCAUUGAGGAGCAGGCUGAGCUGAGGCGCUGGGAGCACUUGGUGUUCAUGAAGCUGCAACACACCGCUAUGUCCCUGUCUGAAAGGGAGCUGCUCAGGAUGAGGCAGGAGGCCCACAGCUCCUUCACUCAGAUGGACCGGAGCUUGGCUCUCCCCAAAGUUCGGGCCCGCGUGCUACUGCAGCAGUACCAGACUGCCUGGCGGGAAGCAGAGUUCCGGAAAGUGGACCAGGCCCUGGCUGUGCCAGAGCUUCAGUCCAAAAUGAAAAAGCCACGUUCUAAGAGCAGGCACAAGGCGGACCUUCUGAGGAAGAGCCUGGAGGAUAAGAUUCGGCUCUUUGAGGAAUGUGCCCCCGAAGACCUGGCGCAAAAGGUGCGAGGGGAAUUGCUGCGUGAGAGGGUCCAGCAGCUAGAGGCCCAAGAGGCGCACUUUGCAGAGUCCCUUGUGGCUCUGCAGUUCCAGAAGGUGGCCCGGGCAGCUGACAUGCUGUCGGCUUACACGGCCCUGCUCAGCAUUCAGGACCUGCUGCUGGAGGAGCUGAGGGAGUCUGAGACGCUGACCAAGUCGGCCUGCACACAGAUCCUGGAGGCCCAUGGCCCGGAGCUCCAAGAGCUAGAGAGGAAGCUGGAGGACAAGCUGUCACAGCAAGAGGCGGCCGAGCAGCAGCAGGCCCUGGAGAGCUGGCAGCAGUGGGUGGCUGAAGGUCCCGGACUUCUGAAUGAGCCUGGGGAGGUGGGUUCUGGAAGACAAGUCUCCACCACCCUGCAGCAGGCCCUGAGCAAGAGCCAAAAGCUCUUGGAACACCAUCAGCACAGGGUGAGGGAGCAGCAGCAGAGCAGCGCUGUGUUGGAGGAUUUGCUAGAAAACAUGGAGACGGACACCUUGGCCAGCCUGUGCAGUCAGGGGCUGAGGGUGGCGUCAUACCUCUCCAAGAUGACCAUGGUGCCUGGCGCCACGCUGUGCCGGCUCCUGAGUGUGGGGCUGCCCGCCUCGCAGCCCCCGCUGCUGGCCCUGCUGGACUCCGCCAGUGACAAGCAUGCGGACCCCAUGGUAGAGAGUGAGGGCAGCGGGGAGCAGGCUGAGCUGGGCAGGAGGAGGAAACAUCAGAGCUGGUGGCAAGCCUUGGACAGGAAGCUGCGGGCAGAUCUGGUGAGCCAAGGACUGGAGAGAGUGCUCUGGGCCCGUCAGAGGAAGGAGAGCAUAUUAAAGAAGGUAUAUGUCCCUAUCCAGGAGAGGGUGAUGUUCCCUGGUAAAGGAAGUUGGCCACACCUGUCCCUGGAGCCCAUUGGUGAACUGGCACCCAUCCCUAUCAUGGGGGCCGAAACCAUCGACAUACUGAGCACAGGGGAAAAGCUCUUUCUGUUCAGGAACCCAAAGGAACCCGAGAUCUCCUUGAAUGUUCCUCCCCGGAGGAAGAAGAACUUCCUGAAUGCCAAGAAGGCCAGCAAGGCCUUGGGCCUGGACUAGCCCAAGGGAAGGCUCCUGAGGAAACUUUCCUCCCUCCUGCGUGCCUGGGUCUGUCUGUGUACAUACUUAAACCAGCAGCGUGUGCCUGGCAAUGGCAGAAGACAUGAGCACCCAGGCAGGCACUCUGGUUACUGCGCCCAGUUACUCUGUUUCCGUUUGGCCCAAGGACAGUAGCCUGUCCUUCUUCCCUCACCAUGAUGCCAGGAUCUCAAGACCUCCCGGCAUACCCAGCCCCAGGCAGUGACGAGUGGGCCCUGGGGGAAGGCGGGCCUCUUCGUACAUGGUGUUGGUUAACUGUUCUGUUAUGAACAGACUUGGAGGGUAAAGUGUUUUACACACA